AUGAAUAUCACACAUAUUUUAUCUCUUAUCUUUUUAAUCAACCUUAUUAUACUUGGUAUUGUACAAGGUCAAGUACCUGAUAAAAUUGAGUAUGCAUCAUGUCAACUCCAAUCAAUCGGUACAAACAAAAUUAAUGGUUAUGUUUUAUUCUCAGACUAUUCUGGAACUUCUACAAAGCUAUACAAUGUUUAUUUGGUUGCAUCUGGAUUGGAUGCUCAGGCCACUAGUGUAUUUGCUACCGUUAGACAGUAUGGUGAUCUACAAAACACUGCGAAUCCAGUUUUCGGUUUUGACGGUAAAAAUCCAUACGAUUGUGCCACCGCACCAGGUUGUAUUGGUUCUGCUGAUGUUAAAGCCUCUGAAAUCGAUUGGACUGCCGACUUUACCAAUGGUCUCUUCAAUUUGAGCCCAGGUUUAAAGUCAAUCAUUGGAAGAACCUUCGCUAUUUCCACUUCGGAAUCCGAUCCUAAAGACAUUAUUGCUCAAUGUGUUUUGGGAAUUGGUAAUCCAAAAUUCAUUCCAGCUGACUCCCCUUUGAUUGCGGUAAAGGAUGCCACUAACCAAGCUGCCAUCAGUGACAUCGAAGGAAAUGCUAUUGAGAAUGGUGCAGUCUGUUACCUCCAACCAACCAAAGACUUCCCAACUGUUAAUGGAAGUAUUCUCAUCACUGAAGUCAAGAGUGCCAAAGAAGGAUCGAAAAGAGGAAAUGGAAUCAAUAUCAUUGCAUGGGUAAAUGGAGCACCAAAUACUAAACCAGCUCUAGGAAUUUCAAUCAACCAAUUCGGUGAUGCAAUGACCGACGACGGAAGUUCUUGUGGUGAUAUUUGGGGACUUGCCAACCAAACUCACGGUCUUGCCUCUAAUAACACUCGUCUCUACGGUGACAUUGGAAAUAUCUGUAUGUACUACAACGAUGUCGCAACUUACAAUUGGACAACACCAUACAUCGGUUACUUUGACACUAUUCCAAAUCUUCUUGGUCGUUCGAUCGUCGUCAGAUCACAACUAUACACUGCCAAUCCAACCUACUCUGGAUCCAUCAUGGCAACUUGUAUCAUUGGAUUGAGAGAAGGUACAGCCAUUCCUUCAACCAACUUACAAGUAAACAUUUACAAUGCUCCACCAACUUGCUUACCAACUCCAGAUACCAAUACAACAUCAAGUGGUGACAACAACUCUACCUCUAGUCAUGACUCAGGAUCAUUCUCAUCAAUCACAACUCCAAUAAUCAAGAUAACUGUUAUUCUUUCGGUUUUAUCUAUUAUUUUAUUCUAA